GGCCGGUACAAUGCUUAGUCAUGGUGAGUUACAGCUUUCCCCCCCGUUCAUAUGUGGCGCACAGCUCGGCAGACGGCGAAGGAGGAAUUGAAUUUGUCAGCUGAGCCAGCGGCUUCCCAGUAAACACAGCGGUGCAAACAGAUUCCUUAGCAGGGCAACCUCGAGGAAGGCCUCUUCAGAGGAAGCCACUGAACACCCCCUCAUUCCCGAGAGCUCCAAGUUACACUUAUGACACUUUUGGCACUAGACCCUCUUUUUUUUCCUCCUACAGAGUUGACAAGGCUUACACGGCCUCAUCCACAAUAUCCGACUCUGCAGCCCUCAGCAGAAGUGUAGCCCUGUGAGGGGAGCUUUAAUUAUUACCUCUGUUAAAAUGUAGUUGUAAAUCAGACAUGAUCUUUUAUCCUUCUCUAGAGCAGCAGGAAAUCGAUAUGCAAAACUGAGCUACCUAGUGUUUAUCCUCACAGGCGUAAAUGGUCACCUCCACAUAUCUAUAUUUUUGUAUUUGUGUAGAUUUUUAUUGAGUUGUUUUGUUGAAGAGGGCCAGUCAGAAAAUUUGGAAACAAGACAUGAACUUCUAAAAACAUGACCAGUUAGACAAAAGACAGAUGUUGCAAUAGGCUCCCCUGUUUGUUUAGACUGAUCAACAGAUUCAUUGGCGAGUGUCGACAUCCUCCUCCAGAAAGAAAAAAAAUCACUUGUGUUGCCAACACAAACAGUUGAACUAAAACAGAAAGGAAAGAAGGAUUUCUUGGUGGGGUUUUUUUUUUUUUUUUGGGUGGUGGUGUUGUACCGCUUAAUUCUGCCCGCCAUAAAACCUUUUGUCUCAUUUCUCCUGUGAAUUAUAGUAAAAUCAAAGUUAACCUUCAGACAGAGCCAGAGGAAUCCACAACUGAACAUAUUAUUGAUGCAGUAAAUCACACUGGAACCUGCACCAAACUGCAGUACAAACAGCCAUGACUGGCAGUUGGCAGAGAAGACUCUUGUAGCUCCUUACUGAUAAACAUGGCUGGGUUUGAUGACUAAGAAGACAAGGGAUAUCCUCAUAUCCGUAAACUAGUCUUAAACUUGCACUGUUUUACUAAAACAAGAAUCGGGUAUACCCUGUAGAAACCCUGAAGCUUCUGCAAAACCCCCUCCAAGUUCGUCGGUUCCAUCUUUCCCUUAUUUUGCUCAUGCUCUUCGGUGGAGCGAGGAUGUCCCAUAACACCGCCCGCUGUUCUUGAGUAGGAGGUGAAGGAGGAGGAGAACGGGUAGGAAAUGACAGAGUGCCUGACAGAAUGCAAAGCGCUGGUGACGCCGUCCACACGCAACGGCCACCGCGUCUUCAGCUACACACUAGAGAGCCACACGGCGGCCGCCUUCGCCAUCAUGAACGAGCUGCGCCUGGAGCGGCAGCUGUGCGACGUGACGCUGCGUGUGCGCUACAACGACCUGGAGGCGGUGGACUUUGUGGCUCAUAAGGUGGUUCUGGCCUCUUCCUCCCCGGUCUUCAGGGCCAUGUUCACCAACGGCCUGAAGGAGUGCGGCAUGGAGGUGGUGCCCAUCGAGGGGAUCCACCCUCGGGUUAUGGACAGACUGAUAGAGUUUGCCUACACAGCCAGUAUCUCUGUAGGGGAGAAGUGUGUGAUCCAUGUGAUGAAUGGCGCAGUCAUGUACCAGAUUGACAGUGUGGUCAAGGCCUGCUGUGAUUUCCUGGUCCAACAGCUCGACCCCAGCAACGCCAUUGGCAUCGCCAACUUUGCUGAGCAAAUUGGCUGCACAGAGCUCCACCAGAAGGCCCGUGAAUACAUCUACAUGAACUUUAGCCAGGUGGCGACGCAGGAGGAGUUCUUCAACCUGUCGCACUGCCAGCUGGUGACGCUCAUCAGCCGCGAUGAGCUCAAUGUGCGCUGCGAGUCCGAGGUCUUCCAGGCUUGUGUGGCCUGGGUGCGCUACGACAGGGAGAACCGGCGACCGUACGUCCAGGCGUUACUCCAGGCUGUGCGCUGCCAUUCCCUCACCCCCAACUUCCUGCAGGCUCAGCUCCAGUCUCUGGAGUGGGAUCCCCAAUGUAAAGACUACCUAGCCCAGAUCUUCCAAGACCUCACCCUCCACAAGCCCACCAAAGUCAACUCCUGCCGAACUCCCAAGGUGCCACAGCUCAUCUACACGGCAGGGGGCUAUUUUCGUCAGUCCCUCAGCUACCUGGAGGCGUAUAACCCCUGUACAGGAGCCUGGCUGAGGCUAGCCGACCUCCAGGUGCCCCGCAGUGGCCUGGCAGCCUGUGUGAUCAGUGGACUUUUCUAUGCAGUUGGGGGAAGAAACAACGCUCCUGAUGGCAACAUGGACUCGAAUACGUUGGACUGCUACAAUCCUAUGAACAAUUGCUGGCUGCCCUGUGCACCAAUGAGUGUGCCAAGGAACCGAAUCGGAGUUGGUGUCAUUGAUGGCAUGAUCUAUGCAGUGGGCGGGUCACAUGGUUGUAUUCAUCACAACAGCGUGGAAAGGUAUGAUCCAGAGAGGGACCAGUGGCAGCUGGUAGCGCCCAUGUUGACGCGGCGUAUCGGCGUGGGGGUGGCCGUCAUCAAUCGGCUGCUUUAUGCCGUGGGAGGAUUUGACGGGACCCACCGGCUCAGCUCCUCUGAGUGCUACAACCCCGAGAAGGACGAGUGGAAGACCGUGGCUGCCAUGAACACUGUCCGCUCCGGAGCAGGUGUGUGCGCUCUGGGGAACCGCAUCUAUGUGAUGGGCGGCUAUGACGGCACCAACCAGCUGAACACAGUGGAGCGCUACGAUGUGGAGACGGACACGUGGAGCUUUGCUGCCUCCAUGAAGCACCGACGCAGCGCUCUGGGUGUCACCACGCACCAUGGACGCAUUUAUGUGCUGGGAGGUUAUGAUGGCAACACCUUCCUGGACAGUGUGGAGUGUUACGACCCAGAGACAGACACGUGGGCGGAGGUGACGCGCAUGACAUCGGGGCGGAGCGGCGUGGGUGUGGCCGUUACCAUGGAGCCCUGCCAGAAAGAACUGUCUCAGUGUCAGAAGUCUGAGAAGGAGAAUGGCGCAGUGUCGCCGGCCUUUCACCCAGCCACCUCUGGUUUUGGCUCUCAUCACAUCCAGCGGCACAGCGGGACCUUCGGCAAGGGCACUUGAGGCCGACCGCCAGUACCUCCGAGAACUCCCCCCAACACAUAUCUCCCCACACACACAAACACACACACACACACACACACACACACACACACACUCUGAGCUCUCUCUUCUGUCUUCCGUAAUAAAAAAAGGCUCCUCACCACUGAGUAAGAACAGUCACUCUGACCCCCCACCUCCAGCUGCGUCUUUGAUUCUCCAGCUGGCGCUUCAUUUUGAUGAGGAGUUCAAAACACAAAAUCAACAACAGUUUACUUGGAUAGUCUGAUGUUGUUACUCAACUAGCAGGUGGCAAAACUUGAUGUUCAACAAAGUGACACUUGUCUACUUGCUCGUGACCUCAGCCUGGCCCUAACUCUACGAUUAACCCUAACACACACACACUGAAUAUCUUUGCAUAUUUAUUACACUGUAGUUUCAGCGGAUGGAGUUUGCAGUGACUCAUUGUAGUCGCCUGAUGGUAGCUUGAGUAUCAACAUCGGAUUUUCCAAAACAAAGUGCGACCACAAGAUAUUUCAAUUCUGCCUCAAGACCUGGACUUUGAUUCAUUUGUUGUCAAUAAAUUGUGAUCAGUCAAAUCAGACAGACCUUUGAUCAGUCCAGCUGUGUGUUCAGUUCUGGCACUUGAAGUCCCCAAUUGGACCAACAUCUCCCAGGUUUAACCCAUGGGAGAGAAGGGCUGCAUACUAAAACAGGCCAUUUGUUGGCCUAGUGCUGCUCAAAGAGUAGUCAGGGGCUCUUUUUUCUACUUCAAGACCAGCCUGCGAAGAAAAGCUGGAUCUAAGUGGGGAGAAAAUAUUAACCCAUUAUUUAAAAAAAAAAAAAAAGAAAAAAGAAAGAGAAAAAAAGGUGAGAAGACAAAGUAGCAUUUGUCAAUGUAAGAUAAUAGAGUUCAAAGUGCCAUUACCAUGCCGAUAGGCAUUACUGUCAUCAGUAUAUUCUCUUAAGGUGCUUGAGUUGGAAAGGCACAAGCUGAGGCACUGUGUGGUGUGGAGAAAUCGGUGGAGUUGACCCAGACAGCCACAAGAUGAAGCUUUUACUUCAAAACGACAUCUACGAUUCAAAUAUAUUCCGCAUAAAACGGGACCUCGGUGUUAGCUGCAUAAUAGUACAUAUCCUCUCAACAAUAGCCACUGGAUCAGAAAGUGCUGGUUUGGUUUAAGGAAAAUAGUGAGCAUCGCUUCUUGUUAAGUCUGUCACAGAGCAGUCCAUUAAGAUGAAUUGAACAUGGAGUGCCAAGAUUGUGGAGGAACAGGUUUUGACUAAAUUUAAAGGAAGGGGAAUACUGUAGCAUUUAGAAACUUUAGAUUCAAGACAUCUCACUGAAUGUGUUUUCUUAAAACAGAAAAACACUAAUUUUCUGACCUUACUGAGAUCCACCCCUACAGUUGACAUUUGGUUUUCACAUCCACCAGACCUCAAAAACUGAAGUGACCAUGUUUGUGCAUUAGUGUUCAAAUAUUGUAAUGAAAGAGAAAAAAAUGCUUAAAGAAAUGUAUUUGUAACAGCAAUUUAAGCUACAAAGGUUUUUUAAGUGACGUUUUGUACAUUGAUAUUCUAAGAAGUCUUGUACAGAAUUUAAGAGCUCAGUUUUUUAUUUAUUUGUUCUGGUCCUUUUGUUUUCUCGUUCCUCUAAACUGACAUCAACUUUGUAUUGAAUUGGACUCUGGUGUUGUGUUUCUGACUAACUAGCAUGCAUUGUAACUAAAUAGGAAUGCCUGCGAAUGCUAAUUUUGAAUGUUUG